CUUGAACGUGCCCUCAAGUUCAUUAAAGACAAAGUCAUCAAGGUCGAAGACAUCCUCGCAUCCAUGACAACUGGCAAGUCUGGCAUCAAACUCCCAAAAACGCUCAACAAGGUGACAGGGAAGAUGUCGAGCGGAAAUUAUAAAUUUUCAUUCGCGAAUUGGCACGAAGAGACGGAGUCGUACAUGAAAUCAAUCAGUAGCAGGGAUGAGGAAACAAAACUCAACAUUAUUGUGCGCACACGAAAGCUUAUGAAGAAGACAUUGAACACGGACUUUUCGGACGAUGACGUGGAGGAGAGUAUCAACAACUGUGCCCUCAUUUGUAACAUUAGUUUCUUCCCGCACCAUCAACAUCACUGA